GGAGAUGUUUCCUGCAUUUGGAUUCGUCCUUCCACCCAAGCGCUGGUUCAACAACUUCAGCGCAGAAUUUCUAGAAGAACGACAAUCGGGUUUACAAGAUUUUCUGCAGAAGCUGGUUGAUGAGAAAGAUGUGAUAAAUAGCAUGGCAGUCAGAGAAUUCUUAUGUCUGGAUGAUCCACCAACGGCUUUUGAUGCUCUUAGAGAAAGACAGGCCUUCUGUGAGACAGUGGAAGGGACUGACCGCUGCCUUCAGAGAGAUUUCAUGGUUGACGAGAGAGAGAGAAAUGAGUCCAUGAGAACCAUCCUGCUGCACAAAGAGCUCCAAAUUAGCCAUCCUGAGAGAACAAAGAAGGGCCACGGAGCGUGCUGGUGUGGAUCAGCGACUGACAGCCCAGAAAAACACAGUUGCGGAGGACCAGUCCAAAAAAUUCAUCAAAUGGAAUAAGAAAGGGGAAAAGACCCUUUCUUAAAAAGAAGACGGAAAAAAAGCUGUUUGUCUUGGAUUAAAUUAAAGUUAAUCUGCGCCAGGAAAUGAUUUGUACAACUAAGAGAUGUGGUUUAAAAGGUUUAAUAAGGUGUGAGUGCAUUUGUGAUCCUGUCAGUUUUGCUUUCUAGAGAUUUUAUAGAACAUCUGUGUCAAACUCACACUAUAGGAGCCAAACACAUAACGCCAACUCUGUAAACUCUUGUUUACAUUCUCUGUUUUAAGUGUGU